AAAAGGUCCCUCUUGUUUGGAGGCCCGCAAAGGUCAGCUACUGAAACUCGGUUGUUGCUUUAAAUGGACAUGCUGGCGCUUCAGUGUAGGCUUACAUGCGUGUCUAUUGUUUGCGAGAGUGUCUGUCUGCAUGCAUUCUUAUCAUGACAUUACUGCAGUAGUGGAAAAGUAACAAAGUACAAAUAUUGUUUUAUUUAAGUGCUUAAGUAGCUUUCUCGGGUAGCUACAUUUGAGUAUAUACUGACGAAUUCUUCGACUACUGUUCAGGGUGUUGAGCGAUAUUAGUUUUCUGUCACGCAUAGCGCAUUAUAGUUAGGCCCAAAAAAAAUAAAAUAAUUAAACUUUGGUUUCAUCUCACCAAAGCACCUUUUGGCACAUGUUUGAGGUGCCAUGGCUUGUAGCCAACUAGUAAUGGGACUGCUUACGCCUUUCUUUCAACAAUCGCUUUCUUCUUGCCACGCUUCCAUAAAGGUCAAGUUUGUGGGACGCAGAAUUUAUAGUUGUCCUGUGCACCGAUUCUCCUACCUGAGCUGUGGAUUUCUGCAGCUCCUCCAGAGUGACAACAGCCCUCUUGGCUGCUUCUCUGACCAGUGUUCACAGAUUGGGAUAUAUAAUCUACCCCUGCCUUAAACUUCUCCACAACUUUAUCCCUCGCCUGUCUGUGACGAUGAAGUCCCAUAUUCUGAUAUCUUUCCCAUCAUCCCUGCUGACGUGAUGCCUGUUAAGGAGAUCCUGAACAUGGAAAACCUCCCCCGCCACGGGACAUGGGAAAUCCUGAGGGAAAUCCGAGCGGCCGACGAAGGCUACCACCGAAAUAAGUGGACAAUGUUUGGAAAUGAGGCGGAGAAGUUGGAGGUGGGCCUGAUCCGAAGCCAACGUUUGUUACGCACCCGUGUGGACAAAAUGGCCCUUCGCAAAGAGGCACAAAAGAAAGCGUCCGAGCACUUGGAGUAUCUGGAGCGUCUAAGUCAGAAGGUGCCAGACUUCGCCGUGCCCCUAAGGGCUCACACUGUCUGGGAGGGCAUGACGGUGCAGCUCGCCUGCGUGGUCGAAGGCUACCCACCCCCUGAGGCUGCGUGGUACAAAGAUGGUAAGCCGCUGAGAAAGCCUGAGAUGCCAUGGAAUUACGGCCUUCAGCAAGUGUUUGGUCUUAAUUACCUGGAGAUCAGACGAUGCUCUCCUGAUGACGCCGGUGUGUUCAAAGUGGUGGCCAAGAGUCCCCUGGGUGAAGCUACAACUUUCGCCACACUCGUGGUGAACUCAUAUAAAGGAGCCACGGCUGGUUUGGACGAUUCCCGUUAUCAGGCCUCGCAGCAAGCCAGCUUUGCUACCACUUUUCCGCCAACCUGGGUGAAAGAAGGCGACAGUCUCACACUGAACUGUUCCUUCACCUCGACUCUGCUGCCCUUCCAGCGGGACGUCACCUGGUUCAGAGAUGGGACACAGCUGCUCCAGUCUUGCGCUGUGGACAUGACGACAACAAACAACACAGCCUCCAUUACACUAAGUGCUGCAUACAAGGAACAUGAAGGAGUUUACACAGUCCGUCUGAAGACCUGGGAUGGAAUCCUGGAAUCAAGUGCCUAUGUCUACGUCGAAGAUGCGUCCGCCACAGUGGUCGGAGGUCCUGCGUCUCCCUUGUUGGUCCAGGUAUCUGAUGUCAACAAGGACUACGUCUUUCUGACCUGGCAGCCACCCAGUGCUGAUGGAUCGUCACCUGUGGAGGGCUAUUACAUCGAGAGGUGUGACCUCAGUCAGGGCCAGUGGGUGCGCUGUAACGUGCACCCUCAGAAAGCUUGUCACUACCCGGUGCUUGGGCUGAAAGAAGGAGCCAGAUACCAGUUCAGAGUUCGGGCCGUCAACCGAGCCGGCGUGGGUCACUCUUCCAAGGCGACAGAGCCCAUUCUCAUUGAGGACCCCCUACAACAUUCCAGGACCAUGACAGGCCAGGUUCGAACUCCCUUUCCACCCACCAACAUCCACGCCUGCAAGCUGAGCGACACAUACGUGGUAUUGAGCUGGACUGAACCAGAACCCCGAGGGAAAGAGCCACUCACCUUCUACGUGGAGCGGUCGCAGGAUGGGAAGAGCAGCUGGGAAAUGGCCAGUCUAGACUCGGUGGUCAACUCUCCCCGGUUUCCCAUCUUUGACCUAGUCAAAGGAACGCAAUACUGCUUCAGAGUGCGCGCCGUCAACAAGUACGGCGUCAGUGAGCCAUCAGAGCCAAGUGGCUGGAUCUGUUUGGGAAAACCACAAAGUGUCCCCACUCCACCGCCCUCCAUCAUGGUCUUCCGAGAUACAGAUACCUCAGUUUUGCUUCAGUGGCAGGAGCCCAAAGACACAGAGGGUGUCCUGGGAUAUUAUCUGUACAGCAGCGAAACUGGCCAACGGGACUGGAAGGUCGUUAACAACAAACCCGUUACCAACUCCAGGUUUACAGUCCACGGUCUCCAGACUCAUAAGGAAUAUGUGUUCAGGGUGAAGUCAGUGAGUCGAGCAGGAAACAGCGACUACUCGGAGGAGUCUCUUCCCAUCCUGGUCAAAGCUGCCAUUUGUGUCCCCUCGGCUCCCUCUGGCAUCACUUUGCUGAUGUGCACGGGUUCAGAGAUGGUUGUGGGCUGGAGGAGGCCUCGCUUUGACGGCGGUGACCCCGUGAGGAGUUACUACCUUGACAAGCGGGAGGCAGGCACCGAAAUGUGGCGGGGGGUCAACAUAAAAGCGGUCAGAGAGAGGCUGACCACGGUUUCCAACCUGACCAGGGGGCUUUGGUACCAGUACCGCGUGUUUGCUGCCAACAUGGUUGGCGUGGGGAAGCCGUCGGAGGCCAGUGAGGCUUUCUUGUGUGAGGAGUGGACCAUGCCAGAGCCUGGUUGUCCCUUUGACUUGGAGGUCCGCGAGGUGAGGGACCACUCGUUGGUGCUCCUGUGGGCCGCGCCGCUCUACGGAGGCCGGGGCCCCGUCAAGGGAUACUUAUUGGAAAUUAGCCAGGGCGACCAGUCCGACACAUGGACCGCUGUGAAUGCCGAGCCGGUCACGGACACGUAUUACAAGGUUUCGGGUCUUCAGCCAGGUCAAAGUUAUCGUCUGCGUGUGUCGGCUGUCAAUGAGGCCGGAGCGGGAGCCGCCUCCCUCCCUUCGGAGCCAGUCACGGCACAGACCUCGCCAGACACCAAAAACAUUAAGGUGGGCGUGGACGACGACGGUUUCAUCUACCUGGGAUACGAGUGUGAUCACGUAGACGACGGAAGCGAGGGUCUCUGGAACAAAAACUACACCGAGCCCAUUGAUGCCGCGAGAGCUCAGGCGGACAACAAGGAUGGCAGGACUGUUCUCACUUUCCGCGACCCCUCUGAGGAAGAUCUGGGUCUCUACACCGUGGAGAUGAGUGACGAUCCCAGCCUGUCAUCCAGCUAUCUCCUGACUGCUGAAGACCUUGAACGGCUCAAAGAACUCAGCCAGCAAGUCAAAAAUCCACUGAUCACAUUGAAGUCGGGCUGGAAUGUGGAGGUUUCGGAGAUGGGUGGCGUGCGUCUGUGGCUUCAGACGGAGAGUCUGAGCGACGAUGCCGAACUGCGUCUCGUUUUCAACGACAAAGAAAUCUCCAGCACUCCGCACCGCACAAUCCAAUUUGACAAAGCCGCCGGGCUGGUGGAGGUGCUGAUGGAUCGGCUCGGCCACGAGGAUGAAGGCUCGUACACGGCCCAACUGCGGGACGGACGCGCCAGGAACCAGUUUACGUUGGUCUUGGUGGAUCAAAAAUUCCGCGAUCUGAUGGUCCUGGCAAACGCUAAGCGACGCGACCACGAGAGAAGGAGUGGACCGUACUUCGAGGAGUUCUUGUCGUGGAACGUUAACGAGGAUUGCCAAGUGAUCAUAAAGUGCAAGGUGACAAACACGACCAAAGACUCCACCCUCAGGUGGUUCAAGGACGGCGUAGCGAUGACACAGACUGAUUACGACCACCCCUCUGGAGUCAGCGCAAUCACUAUGCCACAGGUUGAAAAAAAGCAGGCAGGCUCGUACAAAGCGGUGGUGUCAGACGCCAGAGGAGAGGACGUCAGCACCUUGUCGUUGCAGGAUGAAGAGUAUGACAAGCUUCUCCAGAAACUGAGCAAACAAUGUGGAUUGUCAGCAGGUCCGCUCAGGGUUCAGAGCACAGCAGAAGGUUUCAGGCUCUACUGCUGCCUCAUCUAUUACAUCAGUUACCUGAAGACCACCUGGAGCUUCAAGGGGAAACAGAUGGAACCACAGUCCAGGACCAGGAUGGGCAGCAAUGUGCACACGGUUUGGAUGGACAUCUACAACCCGACAGAAAAUGACAAAGGCAAAUACACCCUGGAGAUGUUUGACGGCGUCGAGACACACGAGCGUCAUCUGGAUCUGUCGGGACAAGUAUUUGCAGAUGCCUUGGUGGAGCACCAGAGACUGAAGCAAGAGCGCGUCAUUGAGAAAAAUCGGGCCAAAGUGACAAAAGGUCUCCCAGAUGUGGUGGCCAUCAUGGAGGGCAAGUCUCUGUGCCUGACGUGCUUCAUCGAGGGCGACCCGACCCCAGAUGUCUUCUGGCUGCGCAACGAGCGCGAGAUCGCCGGCGAGGACCAGUUCUUCAUCACCAGGGAGUCCGGCUGUAGCACCAUCACCAUCAACGACGUCCACACGGACAACUCCGGCAAAUACACCGUGCUGGUGCGCAACCGCUGCGGCUCCGAGUCAGUGGAUGUGACCGUGAGCGUGUACAAGCGUGGCGAGGUGCCACCGGCCAACGCUGUCGAGAUGGGUUUGUGAAAGGAGGAGGUGGACAGAUGACCAGUUCAGAGUAGUUGGCAUAGAUCAAGGGUGGGCAGACUUUUGUGAUGAAGGACCACAUUUGAUUUUUAAGCAGAGAUGGACCAGGUCAUUAGGAAAUUAUGUUUAAAAGGUGUUUAAAUGUGUAUGUAAAACAGUUUAAGCUAAUAAUAUUUAAAAAAAUGAAAAUAUCUUUUUAAUAGUAAAAUUACCAAUUUUAAAUACACAUUUCAACAGGUGUAUGUAGAAUAAUUUUUACAAUAGUAAAAUAGAGAAUAUUUUAUAGUUUCUUAUAAUAGUACAAUAAAGAAUGAUAAUAUUUCAUUUUUAAAAUAAACAGCUUUAUAUAAACAUUUUCACAACUUUUAAAAAAUCUAUUUCAUUAAAUAAUUAGUUAAUUCCUUGUAUUAAAUAUAAUACAAUAAACCGAUAAGGUUCUAAAAUGAAAUUAUAAAUAAAAUAAAAAAGAAAAUUAGUUUUAUUAUUCUUGUAAUAAUUUUAGUAUACUGUGUUUGGUUAAAAAAUAUCACAAAUUAUCAAUAGUAAAGUAAAAGAUGAUAGAACUUUCAAGUAAUUGAUGAACCAAACAACCAAUCAUGUAAAAUGUUUAUUUAAUAAAUCAAUUAACCAAUUAUUUUUAUGAAAUAAAUUAAUACAAUUGUUUUAAUUAAUCAAUUUCAGGAAAAAAAACAGUUAAAUUAAUGCAACAGAUAUUAAAAUAUUACCGCGUUCAUAUAUUUAGAAAAAAAACAGAUUUGGUCUUAUGUGGUCCAUAGGUGAUACUUUGCCCACACCUGUUAUCGAUGGUUUGGUAUCGAUGCUGUGGCUUGGUCGAUCUUCUUAUAUCAAAGCUUCCAAUGCAAGUGAUAUUAGGAUGUCACUCAGUUAAGUGCAAACUAAAAAAAAAUUUUUUUUUUAAAUACAUGAUGGAGCAUCAUAUUUGCGUUUGUUCAUUAGCAGGCUACUUCCUGGUUUCCAGAGGGUGCUGAAAGACAGGUGGUACUUUUUGGGAUUCUGUACGGCACGAAUGAGGGAUGUAAUAGUGUGCCAAAAAUCCCGGUUUGGUAUGUCCCUUUCUUUUAAGGGCACGGUUUUGUUCAGAAACAGUUAGGGAACAAAUGCAGAACAUAAAGAAGACGAAGCCAGUUUGUACUUUAAAAGUGCAAACAGUCCAUGGGGUCAUUCACCCCACUGGCGGGCCUCUAGAGUCACGUUAGGAGGUUCAACGGCACUGCAGAGGGGAAAGGUUGCGCACGUGUAUAAAGCUAAACUCAAAUAAUGUGUUUCCACAAAUAGUGCCAUUUAUUCAUUCAACUCAACUGCAGAUGUGGGAGAGGCAUCCUAUUAGUAAAAAAAGGUUUUGGGAAUAAUACACCCAUCCAUUCUCUUUUGGGCUUGUCUUCAUUAGGGUCACAUCAGGUGAGCUGGAGCCUGUCUCAGCUGACUUUCAGGAGAGAGGGGGAUUAUGCCCUCGACUGGUCGCCAGCCAAUCGGAAGGCAUUUAUAUAUAUAAACAAACAGUCAUUCACACCCAAGGGCAAUUUUACAUAACCCUAACAUGCAUGUUUUUGGAAUGUGGGAAGAAGCCGGAGUACCUGCAGAAAACCCACACAAGCAUGGGGAGAACACACAAACUCCUGACUGGAAGGCCACUGAUUCAAGAGCCAUAGAUUCAAACUUCGGACCUCAAAACUGUGAGGCUGAUGUGCUAACCACUAGUCCUCCGUUUUUGUCUUAUUCUUCUUCUGUUGCGUCAAUUGCGUUCUCCUUUCUCUAUGCCUCAGUCGACCUGCACGCUGUCCAUAUAUGGGCCUGCCCGUUUGCAGGUAAAACACGUUAUUCCUGUUACAUCAUUUAGAGCACCACCAAGUGAUCCAGCAUGGGAAUAUAGAGGAUAGUCACUGAAUAUAAAAAAAUAAAUAUUGAAAAAUAUAGCAAGAUGUGUCACAAGCUGAUAGGCUUUAUCAGCAUUCUGUCAUCUACUCUUGUCGUGGCUUGGGUGAAAAUUAAAUAGUUGUGGAUUAUAGUGUAGAUUUAAGUCUCCACAUUAUUUGCUUUGGCGGGUGCUGCUGUUUUAGUUUACAAGAGCACCUGGACUCAGCAGUUUAAUGUCCCUCGCCUGUCCGUAGCGUCUGUGAAGUGAGAUCAUUACACUUACUCUCAUUUUUUUCUGACGGAAAAUUGGAUUAUUUGUAUUCAGUGGUUGGAAACUCCCUGACUAAAUGGGGAUACACCGCUAUUGGGGAAGACGCCUUAGUAGUACAAUUUUUUUUGGAACCAAGCUUUUUAGAAAUAAUAUUAAACAAGUGCGAUUGGCUGGCAACCAGGUUGUACCUCGCCUCUCGCCCGAAGAUAGCGGGGAUAGGCUCCAGCACGCCCGCGAACCCUAGUGAGGAUAAGCGAUACGGAAAAUGGAUGGAUGGCAUAUCAAACAAUAUUGCCGGGAAAUGACUGGGUGAAACAAAGAAGUCAUGUAGCUUUGAGAGACUGUUUACGUGCCUCUGUAGGUGCUGCUGUUUUGGUUAGCAAGUUCAUAUGGGCUCAGUAGAACAAUAAUGUCUAUGAACUGAGAUAAUUACACAUUUGUAUGGGAAACGGGAAGUGUUUAUUUGUAUUAAGCACUCUCUGGGGAUGGCCACUAUUUGAGGAAAUACGGUAUGUACUGAUUAGUUUUGAAAUAAAAUGCUUUUCCAUGU